GGCAGGCAAGGCAGCUGGUUCGCAGAGGUCCCGCCUCCCGCUGCAGCCGCCUGUGCUUCAUGCGAAGGCGCCGGAGCGGCUGCCCGGGCAAGAGCGCGCGGCGGAGCUUCCCUCGCGCCUCUCUUGCCCUCGAAAGGGCGGACGACUGUCGCCGAAGCGAGGACGACUUCGGCUCCCUCUGCCCCCCGCGCUUCCAUGCCGUGAGCUGCGCGGUCCUGGGAGGCAGGACGCGAGCGCCCCGAGGAAGCCCCGGCUGUGUGGAAGAAAAUGUCAGUCAGCAUGCAUGAGAAUCGCAAGUCUAGAGCCAGCACUGGCUCCAUAAAUAUAUAUUUAUUCCACAAAUCUUCAUAUGCUGAUAGUGUCCUUACUCAUCUAAACCUUCUGCGCCAGCAACGUCUUUUUACAGAUGUGCUCCUUCAUGCUGGAAACAAAUCGUUCCCUUGCCACAGAGCUGUCCUAGCAGCUUGCAGUCGAUAUUUUGAAGCAAUGUUCAGUGGAGGACUCAAAGAAAGCCAAGCCAGUGAAGUUAACUUCCAUAACUCUAUCCACCCAGAGGUUCUAGAACUUCUCCUGGACUAUGCUUACUCCUCAAGGGUCAUCAUCAAUGAAGAGAAUGCAGAGUCCCUUUUAGAGGCUGGUGACAUGCUGGAAUUCCAGGACAUCCGGGACGCUUGUGCAGAAUUCUUAGAGAAGAACCUUCAUCCCACGAAUUGCCUCGGCAUGCUGCUUCUAUCGGAUGCCCACCAAUGUACUAAACUUUAUGAGCUGUCUUGGAGGAUGUGCCUUAGCAACUUCCAGACCAUUAGCAAAAGUGAUGAUUUUCUUCAGCUCCCCAAAGACAUAGUUGUGCAGCUUCUGUCUAGUGAAGAAUUAGAAACUGAAGAUGAACGGCUGGUCUAUGAGUCUGCCAUUAACUGGGUUAACUAUGAUCUCAAUAAACGACACUGUUGUUUGCCUGAUCUGCUGCAGACAGUGAGACUAGCUCUUUUGCCAGCCAUCUAUCUCAUGGAGAAUGUAGCUACCGAGGAGCUUAUCACCAAGCAAAGGAAAAGUAAAGAGACUGUAGAAGAAGCAAUAAGGUGCAAAUUGAAGAUUUUGCAGAAUGAUGGGGUAGUCACUAGUUUGUGUGCAAGACCUCGAAAAACUGGCCAUGCCCUGUUUCUUCUGGGAGGACAAACCUUUAUGUGUGACAAGCUGUACCUAGUGGACCAAAAAGCAAAGGAGAUCAUUCCAAAAGCAGACAUUCCAAGCCCAAGGAAGGAGUUCAGUGCAUGUGCUAUUGGCUGUAAAGUGUACAUCACUGGUGGCCGGGGAUCAGAAAAUGGCGUCUCAAAAGACGUUUGGGUGUAUGAUACUCUUCAUGAAGAGUGGUCCAAGGCGGCUCCCAUGCUGGUAGCUCGAUUUGGUCACGGGUCUGCCGAACUCAAACACUGUCUGUACGUUGUGGGAGGGCACACAGCAGCCACUGGCUGUCUUCCAGCGUCUCCUUCAGUAUCCUUAAAGCAAGUAGAACAGUAUGACCCUGUGACCAACAAAUGGACAAUGGUGGCUCCACUUCGGGAGGGAGUAAGCAAUGCAGCUGUAGUCAGUGCAAAGCUGAAGCUGUUUGCAUUUGGCGGUACUAGUGUCAGCCAUGAUAAGCUACCCAAAGUUCAGUGUUAUGACCUAUGUGAAAACAGGUGGACAGUACCAGCCACCUGCCCCCAGCCCUGGCGAUAUACAGCUGCAGCAGUCCUAGGCAACCAGAUUUUUAUUAUGGGGGGAGAUACUGAAUUCUCUGCAUGCUCAGCUUAUAAAUUCAACAGUGAAACUUACCAGUGGACUAAGGUGGGAGAUGUGACAGCUAAGAGAAUGAGCUGCCAUGCUGUGGCAUCUGGGAACAAGCUGUACGUCGUUGGAGGGUAUUUCGGCAUCCAGAGAUGCAAAACGCUAGAUUGCUAUGACCCUACGCUAGAUGUAUGGAACAGCAUAACCACAGUGCCCUACUCGCUCAUCCCUACUGCAUUUGUGAGCACAUGGAAGCAUCUCCCUUCUUAACUGCAUGUGUGGCUUAUACAGUUUAUUCCAUUAUUUGGUGAAGAAAGUGAAGAACUGGCUUUAAUGAAGAAACUCCCUUAUUUUAGUUUGAAGAAAAUCUUCUGCACCUUCUACAUUCUUAAAGCUGGUAAUGAAGGAAUGGAGGAAGACUGUCUUCAGUAUAUCAGCACAUGGCUUAACUAUGAAUGAAUGAACUUCUGAUCUGGUCUCUGUGUUUGUGAUUGUGGAUUAAUGUCAAGUUUAAUCAGCCCUUCAAAGCAAGGACAGGGGGAGGGGGAGAAAAUAUGAACUUCUUCGGAACUGCACAACACAUCACAGCCCUCGAUUUUCCAUGGACUUUGUCGUUUUUUGUGUGUGAAAUUUGAAAUGGUUGUCACCUCUCUUUGUGACAGCUUGAAGCGUCAGCAGCAGCUGUGCAGGAAGCAGGCCAGGUCUGGAGCAGCAAGAUGUCUUUGUGAAUGAAGUUGCAGCUGUAUCCCCUGCCACUGAGAUGAGCUUGUUUUUGGAGCUGCCUUGAGUAACUGUCUACUCACUAAAGAGCAACACAACUUAAAAAAAAAGAGAGAGCGAGAGACUUUGUGCAACAUUUUUGGGUGCAGGGACAUGACUCCCCCCCCCCCGAAUAUUUGAUUUCCUGUUGUAUUUAUUAAAUUACUACCACUGUCUUGCUUUGAAAUUACUUGUUGUAGAUAUAGCUAUUUAUUGUUCUGCGCUUGCAUGCUGAAACAAUGCCUACAGUUGUCUUCAAGUUGUAAAAGCUUAUGUGAAUUGUAUGUUUUGCACAUUAUGUGGUCUCUGACUUGCUCUGCUGCACAAUAAAAAGGCUGAGUAAUAUUCAGGGAGAAAGAAUGAGGUAGGAGUCAGAAAUAGGUGUGCAAGGCAAGGGUCUUAAAUUACAUACCUCCUAAAGGAAGAAGUCAUGGAGGUCACUUUCUCAGGCCACUGACUUUACAGGUUACUUGGGAUGGGGCUUGCCGAUAGUAUCCCUCUUACACUUUAUCUGCCUAGUCAUGCCUUUUUGAAUGAACUCAACUGGAAAUAGCUGCAGUCACUUAACAGCUUUCUUUUUGUGCAGCUUCGACACUACUGGAAAAAUAGAAGUGGGGAGAGAAACUCCUGAAGAUUUUCUGUAUACAGAGAGCCCUGUUCUUGGCAUUAUCCAACAAUUGCUUUGUUUAUUUAUUUAUUUAUUUUUGCAUAAUAGGAUGUUUACCAUUGCAAUGCUUUAUCUGACCAAGUGGAGUGUUUCUACGUAGAAAUCAUCUGAAAAAAGGUAAAUAAGUAGGGAGAUUCUUUUGUAUGUGGCUUUCUCUCCAUCUCCCUCCCCAAUUAACUAGAUAUAUUUUGCUUUUAAGGGAUGGAUCAUGUAUGCACCUUUAUCUCCCCUCUGACUAUUAUACUCAGUUCAGCAUUUUUUAUGACAGAGGAAAAAGGUUGCUAAACCAUCAAAUGUUUGGAUUAUUUGGCAUAAGUUAGAAAGGCUUUCAAAUAUUUUGUAUUUGGAAUUGUCACACAGGAUCCUGGCUAAACAGAUUUCUAAAUUGUUCCCCCCCCCAUUUCCUUAAGUCCAGAAGGCACUAUUGUCACAUGUUCUGUUACAUAAUAAUUAAUAGAGCCCAGAUUACAAAGCGGGUGGUCCUCCAUCAUGGUUGGUUAUUGUGUCUUAAUGUUGUAUACACAAAAUUACGUUGCGAUGCAUGCGUGCAUGCCUUGAAAAAAUUACAGUGUUGAUGCCUGCCUACAUCAUGAUCAAGGUAAUGUUCUAGCUGAAUUCUUAACAGCUUUUGCCUCUUGAAAAAAACAUUUACAGUCUUCAAGCAUUUUCUUAUGCUGCCAUUGACUAAUUUACCUGACUGUAUAUAUUCAUUUCUGAAAUCAUUCUGUUUCAAAUAGUCCGCUGUGGUUCUUAAACAUGUUAGCUGGUUGAAGAAUGAUCUCCAGAGUUCAGAGGUUCUUAAAAUUUUGUAUGGCAGACCACUGUUCUGAUUUGCAUUGGGGGGGGCAUUUUCUUAUGCUGCAGCUAUAACAAGGAGUACAGAGGGGUGGUGUUUUUAAUUUAGUUUUUUAAAAGACCUUUAGCAUUUUGCUCUGUUGGUUUCAUUGUGAUCUUGUAGUUCAGAGUCUAAGAAUUACUGUUUGAAGCUGGCUAUGAAAAGGACUGUACAUAAUAACAAUAUAGAAUACCAAUGGAGAGAACUAUUAAUUAUGAAAAUUAAUCAUCUUUCAAACAAUUGUGCAGUUGUUCCUUUAAAAUCUUGGAAUAGAGCCUUAGAAUAUUAAGUUUACAAAAUAUAUAAAAUUCAAGUUCAGUUGAUAAAAAUUAUACCACUGCAAAUCCUUACCUUCCCCUCAUUUGUGGAGGCCUGCCUACUCUGCCCUGUUAAACAAAUAGGAAAGUAAAGGACUGUUAAAAUGUCAGUGUGUGGUGCUUUCACUAUGCUCAGAUGUGAAUAACUCAAGGUGCUGAGGAAGGGGUCUAAACUCCUUUGUUUUCUUUGUUGAAAGAAGUGACAGAAUUCUGUCUGCUGCAGCUUUCUAUAUAGUUGCUUAGCUUGUAACACAAGUCUGUUUUGUAAUACCAUCCAAUUUCCUAAAGUGUCUGAAGUUACUGCUGUUGCAUUUCAAAGCAGUGGUUUGCUUUCAAGUCCUUGGAUUUAAUUCCUGAGUAUGGGUUGAAGGAAACUGAAAAUCAGGGUGGGCCUCUAACCCUGCAGGCGAAAUAUUUUGGACUCUUGUUCUUUGAAUUGACAUGGGAAUUCUAGCUUACUACUUGGUGAUUUGAGUCUAAAAAACAGCCCACACUUCUGAGACAAAUGCAGUUCACACAAGAGUGCACACAAAAAACCUUGGCAUAAGACGAGAAAGUUCUUCGCAUUUUGUGGGCUGGUUGCUGUGGAAACUUGCAACAAAGGACAGCCUACCACUUCUGGUAUAAUUGUGUAGCCCCUUUUUUCUAGACCUGACACCUGUCUGAAUAAGAGUGAUUAGAGCUGAAUAGUGCCCCUUGUGUCACAAUUGAAGAUGCCGUUCACGUACCCCUCCCCCCCCAAGAAAACCCGUAGAAGUGAAGAAGCAAAAUGUCUAUGUUCGUGUCUCUUUGUUUGCUACUAUAUUUUGAUGUUUUGUAAAACUGCAUUUUUUUCACUAUGUGAACUGAAGGUCAAUAAAUUAUUAGAAGUUUUCUCUUCAA